AUGGAAGAAGCUCUCGCAAAUCAACAAACUGCUUGCUAUUCAGUUGCUCGAGCUCUCGACAAUUUUAAGAAGAUCGGUCGGUCAAAUCUGACGGCCGCCAAAAUUCGCUCGCGAAUGACGAGCUUACAAGACACGUGGACACAAUGUGUACGCAAUCACGCGACACUGCUGCAGCUUGUUCCUGACGAGAAGCAAGUUUCAAUUCACUACUUCAAAAAGGAGACCUUCGCCUUCCACGAGGACCUCUAUCAGGCAGCUAUGGACUACAUGAACGAGUGCUUGGAGGAGCUGGUUCCAGUCGUAAGUCGUGAAACCUCUUUCAACGCUUCGUUCGCGCAUACAGACUCUGCGUCAUUAUCGGUCAAACAUCUUCCUCCCAUCAAAUUGCCGCCGUUCACCGUGUCAAGUUUAACAGGCUCAGCUCGCGAUGCGAUAUCAGGUAUUAAAGUCACCGCGGAUAACUUCUCGGUUGCGUGGAAAGCAUUAACAGCGCGUUUUGAAAAUAAGCGCCGAUUAAUUGAGACUCACAUUUCGAAUUUGUAUAAUCUUCCGAAAAUGACUCGUGAGUCAGCUGUCGAGCUUCACGCCUUACGCGAUAAAGCCGAACAAGCGAUCUCAACAUUGCAACGUCUUAAUCGUUCGCCGGACGAUAUAGUCAGCGACAUUGAUAAACACAUGUCGAUCAAUUGUCAAAGUAAUUUCACAUGUCGAACAUGUAAUAAACGACAUCAUUCUAUGAUUCAUCUCGAUUCGGACUCAUUGCAACAAGUUACAAAUGCGAACAAUACGUCAAACGCGAAUGACGUCAUCGACAACGUGCCUAACGUUACGGCACUCUCAUCAGUUACAAUGACAACUGCGCCGACUCCUGUUGUCUUAUCUACUGCAAAGGUGAAUUUGCAGGCGCCUUCUGGACGCUCAUUGGUUGUCAGAGCCUUGAUUGACGGUGGAUCAGAGCUCACGUUUGUGACGGAGCGCGUUGCUCAAAUAUUACGUCUCAAGCGUAUACGAACGCUUACUUCAACGUCGGGAAUAAGCUGCGCUGACACCGGUACAUGCCGAUCUGCGGCUCUGAUUCACAUCACUCCUCGCAAAAAAUCGAAACCAAGGUUCACAACGGUUGCCUAUAUUAUGAAGGCAUUAACGAGGUAUGCUCCCAGAAACGCUUCGCAAUCGCAAGAUUGGAAACAUAUUUCCAAUCUGGAAUUGGCUGACGAUGAUCCUACCGGAUCAACACCGAUUGAUCUCAUAAUAGGAUCCGAUUUAUAUAAUCACGUACUCGUUCACGUACGUAACGGACCGCUCGGUCAACCAGGUGCAAUUGAAUCGCAUUUCGGAUGGAUCCUAUCCGGAACAACCUCUAUCCCGAAUCACGUGACACAACCCUCUCAUGUGGUAACUUCAACUCUCGUAAUUCCGCCUGUUGAGGAUGCGAGUCGCGUCGUGCAAUCAGCUCAGUUAAAUCAACGUUACAGUGUUGUCGCUCAUUGUUGUUCUCUCGAAAAUCAAUUGUCUAAAUUCUGGGAGGCAGAAGAAACACCUCAAUCAAUUGAAAUGUCCCCAGAUGACGAACAAUGCGAAGAACAUUUCAAACAAACGCAUUCGAGAACAUCGGAUGGGAGAUAUAUCGUGCGUCUGCCGUUUCGAAACGGCCCACCCAUCGAAAUCGGUGAAUCUCGCGAAAUAGCCGCGCGUCGGCUUUCGUCGUUACUUCGGAGAAUUAAUAAUCAACCUGCGAUUAAGCAGGAGUAUGCUGAAUUCAUGAGCGAAUACGCACAGUUGAAUCAUAUGAAAGUAAUCGCACCGGUGGAUUCAGUAAAUUCACAAGUCGUGUACAUCCCUCAUCAUCCGGUCAUUCGAGAGACUAGUUCGACAACUCGGUUGAGAGUCGUAUUUGACGCCUCAUGCACAACCUCUAACGGUACCUCGCUCAAUUCUCACAUGUUUACUGGGCCUAAACUACAGUUAGAUCUGCAAUCGGUUUUAUUACGUUGGCGACAGCACAAAUACGUUUACUCCGCAGACAUAGCGAAAAUGUAUAGACAAAUAUUGGUCGACUCGCGAGAUAGAGAUUAUCAACGCAUCCUAUGGAUAGAUGAAAAUUCGAAUAUUCAAGAACAUCAACUCCUUACGGUAACAUACGGUACGGCUUCCGCACCGUUUUUAGCUCUUCGAGUCAUUAAUCAGUUAAACGAUGAUGAAGGAAGCUCGUUUCCACUAGCAUCUGCGGUUUUAAGCGAGAACGUCUAUGUGGACGACGUGCUGUUUGGGGCCGAAGAUAUGCCUCUCCUUAAACAGACUCGAGAUCAAGUUUGCAAAUUGUUGAAACGCGGUGGAUUCGAUCUUCGCAAAUGGGCGAGUAACAAACCGGAGUUGCUCUCAGAUAUUUCAUCGGAUCAUCACGGGCUCGCACAGCUUAAAUUAUUCGAGACUGACAACAAUCUGAAGGUUCUCGGUAUUUUUUGGAAUCCGACGCACGAUUGUUUCCAGUUUCAAAUUGAAUUACCACAGACUCUCCCUUCUACAAAACGAACGAUUCUCUCUACCAUAGCCAGAAUAUUCGAUCCACUUGGAUGGGUCACACCCGUGGUUCUCAAAGCGAAAGUUUUUAUGCAGAAAUUAUGGCGACACAAAGUAGGCUGGGACGACAAUCUCUCAGAAGAUCUCCUUUUACAAUGGAGCGUGAUUUAUAAAUCACUUCCUUACAUCAAAAGCAUAAAACUUAGUCGCUGGAUUGGAUGCGAUUCAGAUACCAAGAGCAUCGAGUUACACGGUUUCGCGGAUGCUUCCCAAGUAGCUUACGCCGCAGUAGUUUUUUUGAGAGUCACAACAUUAUCCGGUCAUACAACUGUUUCGCUCCUCGCUGGGCGAUCCAAAGUCGCGCCUAUCAAACCGCUGACAAUCCUCGAUUAG